AGCAGCGCAGCGACGUCCACCGAGACAGCGGCGCCGGCAGAGCAGAGACCAAUCGCACUGGCGAGCAGAGCGGAAAAGCUGCUGUGUGGCGGAAAAACAACAACUGGCACAAUAAGUAAUAAAAUCAAAAAUAAACAAAGGACGAAAGGAGCAAUAAAUAUACAAAAUAAUUCUAAUUAAACACUGCGUUAAUACACAUACACGCAAAAGGCGAAACGCAAAAGAGGGAGGAGCAGCCGAAAAGUAUGCAGCAAAAAUGUGAAUAACUACACAACAAAGCAGCAGCAUCAUCACACACACUCUGUUGUUGUUAUAUAAGUGUGUGCGUGAGCGGGAGUGUGUGCGUGCGUAGUAGUAAAAAUGUAGCAAAACAACUCAACAAAAGCCAAGCAAAAAAUGAGACAACGAAUCUAAGAAAAUUUUUGAUACAGCAAUUUUUGUUAGUAAAAAAGCGAGGACCGAAGACAGAAUCAGCGGAAAAGAAUAAAACACAACGGAAAGCAAAAGGAAACAAGCAGCUGGCAGAGAGAGAGAAACAAUUUGACCCAAGAAUUGUACCACAGCAAGGAGAAGAGAGCGAGUGAGAGCGCGUCUAUCAACCACCAAUACAGAUGAACAUGCUACACAGUUUCAGCGGCGGAGGCGCCGGCAGCGCUGCCAACGCUUCAGGCGACGUCAGCAACGCGGAAACCGAACUAAAGGAGCGGCUGAUAGCCAGCGUGAAGAAGGAGGUGAAGCAGCUGAUGGAGGAGGCGGUGACCAAGAAGUACGUCCACGAGGAGAGCAGCUCGGUCACCUCGUUGUGCGGCGCCGUGGAGGCCUGCCUGAGCCACGGUCUGCGCAGAAGGGCUCUGGGGCUGUUCAAGACCUCCUCGACGACGGCGCUGAUCCAGAAGAUAGCUAAGAUCUGCCCGGAGGCGGACUACGUGAGCCGCCGGCUCCUCGAGCUGGAACUCGCGCAGGAGUCGCACGCGGUGAGCGGCAAGCGAUCCUCCUCCAGCAGCGACAGCAUCAUCAAGCCCAAGCUCCUGAGCAAGGGCAGCGGGAGCAGCAACUCGGUGACCACCAUCAACACGGUCACCAAUGGAGCUGGAGCGGGUCCCGGAGGCGGAGGCGGAGCCAGUGCCCCGCUGGGCAAGUAUCUGUGGAUCCGACUGGCCCUGCACGAGAAACGGCUGGCCAAGAUCAUCGAACACCUGGUCAGCAACGCCAACAGUUACUACGAUCGUGAGGCGCUGGUCGCCGAUCCCGACUACGGCUCCAUUUUGAGCUCCCUGCUGGUGGGUCCGUGUGCCCUCGAGUUCACCCGGGCCAAGACUGCCGACCACUACUGGUCCGAUCCCUGUGCCGACGAGCUGGUGCAGCGCCACAGGAUCAGCUCGGGCAACCGGACGCCACCAACCACCCACCGGCCGAUCAUCAACUUCAAGCGCAGCCUGCACACCAGUUCGGAGGACACGAGCAGUGGCUCCUUUAAGGCCUGCUCGCCGGCGAGCGUGGCCAAGGACUACGUGGAAUCGCUGCACCAAAACUCGCGGACCACGCUGCUCUACGGCAAGAACAACGUACUGGUGCUGCCUAAGGACGUGUCCGAGCCGAUGCCGGGAUAUCUCAGCUUGCACCAGAGCAUCCAGUCCCUGACGAUCAAGUGGACGCCCAACCAGCUGAUGAAUGGCUACAACGACGGCGACGGCGGUGAUAAGAGCUUCUACUGGAGCUACGCCCUAAACAUCAAUGUGGACGAGAUUGUCUAUGUGCACUGUCACCAGAAUCGCGGCGGCGACACCGGCGGCACCAUCAUCCUGGUGGGCCAGGAUGGCGUCCAGCGGCCGCCCAUUCACUUUCCCGAAGGCGGACACCUUCAGGCGUUCCUCAGCUGUCUGGAAACGGGUCUUCUGCCACAUGGUCAGCUGGAUCCGCCGCUCUGGUCGCAGCGCGGCAUUGGAAAGCUGUUCCCUUGGCCCAAGAGCGUAAGGCGACACAUCCUGCCUUCCGUGAUGGAGGCCGGAGGCUCCGUGGCCGACGAGACGCCAAUCGACUAUGUGUUCCGUGUCGUCAGCAAGUGCCAGCACGAGGAGUUCUUGGCCAGCCACCCCAUCCUGGAGCUGGGGCGAUCGAGUCCGCGGCGGAAGCACCUCGGCAGCUGCUCCACCACCGGCAGCAGCGACUGCUCCAGCAAGAGUCUCUCCAUUGACCAGAGCAGCUGUGAAACGCCGCUGAUCCAGGCCAGCCAGAGCACCAGCAUCGAGCUGGUAUGCUCCACCAUGCGCCGGCAAAUCAUCUCCAGGGCCUUCUACGGCUGGCUGGCCUACUGUCGCCACCUCUCCACAGUCCGCACCCACUUGUCCGGGCUGGUCAACGGUCGCAUCAUGCCAGAUCUGGCCGCGGACGAGGAGGGUCUGACCCGUGGAAAGUGGCUGGCGAUGCAUGAGAACGGGGUGGUCACCGGCGAUCUGGAGCUCUAUCGACUCGUUUACUUCGGCGGCGUGGAGCCAGAGCUGCGCAAGGAGGUGUGGCCCUACCUUUUGGGGCAUUACGACUUCGGCUCCACGCCGGAGGAGCGAAAGAAACAGGACGAGACCUGCAAGCACUACUAUGAGACGACGAUGAGCGAGUGGCUGGCUGUGGAGGCCAUCGUGCGUCAGCGGGAAAAGGAGAAGACGGCCCUGGCCGUGGCCAAAUUGAGUGCCGAGCAGGCGCGCCUAGCGGCCAAUGCCGCUAGCUCCUCGAAUCCCCACCAGAAACUCACAAACGGCAGCCAACUGUUGCAACUUGAGCAUGGGAACGGCGAGGAAGAUCAGGAGCAUCUGGUCCUGGACGAGGGCGAGAAUGAUGUGUUCGAUGACAAUGACUUUUCGGACAUUUCCGAUCCAGGGGAUUUGUUUGAUGAGGCGGAAUUGGGCCAAGAGGCUGAGGAGCAGGAGCAAAAUAACCCCAAAGAGGAGGUCUUUGAAAAGCAGGAGGAUGAGGAGGACCAGGAGGAUCAAGAGGACCAUGAUCAACGCGAAAUGCCGCGACUCAGCGAGCAACUUGUUCUGGAGUUCCAAGACAUAGACAAUAUGGAACCACUGCGUCUGCAGGAGAACUGUUUCGCCGAUUCCGAGACGGAAAACGAUCUGGGACUGGGACUGGACAGCAGCGGCAACAUCCUGAUGCUGAGCAUCAAGAGCUCGCCGUCGACGAGCAGCUAUGAGACGGUGGGCAACGAAUUCGUCGACAUGGCAGAAGCCAAGCUGGAGGAGGAGGAAGUUCCUGGGCUGCUAAGCAAGUUCCACAGCGCCGACGACGUGAGGCUGGACAACCAGGAUGAGGAGGAAUCAUCGCAGCCGGCCACUGCGGUCAUAAUAACGGAGGCGGCUUCGCUGGACGCCCUGGACGACGAUCCCACCGAGGAGUUUACCUCAAGGAAGACCAGUCUGAUGUCGCCCCUCAACGAGGACAUCACGGUGGUGGCCUCCCUGGAUGCCCUGCAGGAACCCAAGUCCGCCUGCGUCUCGCCAGCCAGCUCGAACGGAGGUGUUUACAGCGUGGAGCUGCUGGAGCAGUUCGGGCUGAAUCUGCACCGCAUCGAGAAGGACGUGCAGCGGUGCGACAGGAACUACUGGUACUUCGCCAACGAGAACCUGGACAAGCUGCGCAACGUUAUCUCCACGUACGUGUGGGAGCACCUGGACGUGGGCUACAUGCAGGGCAUGUGCGACCUGGUGGCUCCCCUCCUGGUCAUCUUCGACGACGAGUCGCUCAGCUACAGCUGCUUCUGCAAGCUCAUGGAGCGCAUGAUCGAGAACUUUCCCAGCGGCGGGGCCAUGGACAUGCACUUCGCCAACAUGAGGUCCCUCAUCCAGAUCCUCGACUCGGAGAUGUACGACCUGAUGGACUCGAACGGCGACUACACGCACUUCUACUUCUGCUACAGGUGGUUCCUGCUGGACUUCAAGAGGGAGCUCGUCUACGACGACGUCUUCGCCACCUGGGAGGUGAUCUGGGCGGCCAAGCACAUCGCCUCCGGCCACUUCGUACUCUUCCUGGCCCUGGCCCUGCUGGAGACCUAUCGCGACAUCAUCCUCUCGAACAGCAUGGACUUCACCGACGUCAUCAAGUUCUUCAACGAAAUGGCGGAGCGCCACAACGCCCAGUCGAUCCUGCAGCUGUCCAGGAGCCUGGUCCUCCAGCUUCAGACGAUCAUCGAGAACAAGUAGACGGGGAGGGACACAUCGUCAGCCAUCAGUAAGCCAUCGUCAGUUCCUGGAGACCUCAGUUGCCGAUCAGUAUUGAGCAUGCGACGUACUAAGUUGUUAGCACCUAGAACGUAGAAUCGUAGAAUCGCAGUUAGAAAGCGCUUAGGGGUAUAUAGCCAACCACAAAGCAUAUGCAUACCACAUACCCUCUAACAUAUACCCUACAACAUAUAUGCAUGCAUACAUAACAUAUAACGCAUAACAUAUGAAUAACCCUAGAGAUUGCAAUUAGCUGAGGAUCUCGCUGUGGUUUUUGGGACGCCUCCCGUAAUCCGCAAUGGUUUUUUUUUUGGAAACGGCUGGGAAUCGCUUAAAGAAAUUUAACACAAUUAAGGAAAUUGUAGUGACCUGAAAAACACAAGAAAGUAAAUCAAGUGGAAAUCGAACAACGUAAAAGAUAAACUAUUUAUACUUAUACAAUAUACAUGGAUAUACCGAUUAUAUUAUAUACAGGCAGUGGCAUAUUUAUACGUUUUGUAUAUUCGAGAGAACCAGGAGUGGAUCACGAACAUAUAUGGAUAUUGUAUUAGAUAUCGUCUAUAUAUGGCAAUGCUGUGCGGCUGCGACUGCGGCCAACUGUUGUUAAUGUUAUGUUAUCGCUUUGGCUAACAAUUAGAUAUAUUAUUAUAUACGAGUAUACAUAUGUACACCUGUAUUCAACGACAUUCGGGGGAGCUCAUUGAAGUCACGAUUCAAUUUUACGAGAUGACACCCCGAGGGGUCAGAGUUUCAGAAAAGUUUCGAGAUAGCACCCCCCGAAUCGAACUGCAAUUGUUCGCUUAAUGUUCAUUGUUAUAUGUUUUCUCCUGUUUUUCAUUUGUAGCUGCAAGCGUUGAGAAAACAUUUUGUACUCGAGUUGCCCGACAGGUGGAUCCUGGGGCUAUAUCUCUGUCUCUAUAGGUAAAUCGAACAAUUGCCGUCGCACACGAACCCACACAAAACUGUUACGAAAUUGUUGUUGAUGGCUGCGAAGCGUUGAGUUUGUUUGUAUUAGCGAAACCGAUGUGCAACCCAAUAUGUGUAAAGAUAUAUAUAUACAUAUAUUUAACUAAUAUUUAUACAAGCAUUAACCCGAAGCAUAGAUAUAAAGAGCGGAGUGUUAGCCGUGUAUUGUUAUAAUCGAGCCCGAUUCGUUCAGGCAAACUAUCUAGUUUCUAUCCGGUUUUCAAUUUCAAUUUCGGUUUCGAUUUCGGUUUCGAUUUUGCGUUGUUUUUUGGUAAGUGCAGGCGCACCAAAAAUCCCUCCACUGGGCUUAUAUACAACCUAUAUUAUAUAGAACUGUUUAGAGAGCAAACACUUUGUGUGGAACCUAAAUUAAUGCGAGUAGCACGCUUUUUGUGUAUGGAAAAAAGUCGGAAAAGAAAAACCAAAAAAAAUACUUCAUGUGAUUUCUUGUUGCUUCUUUGAAUAACGAUAUUUUUGUAAGCGCUACAACGUAUAUAUAAAUACGACAAAGAACGAGAUGGCUGGCAACAGAGAGAGAUAGAGAGAGAGAGAGGCGGGUAGGUGAAGCAAGAAAGAGAGAUAAGAUAUAUUUUACACUUGGCUGGGCAAACGGGAAGGGGAUUGGAACGUCAGUAAAGUCCAACCAAAACUUCGGCCACUCUUUUGAUACACAUAUUCGACAGAAGAUCUGCAAAUCCUCCACGAUGAAGUAGGAAAAUGAUAAAAACCCUAAGAGCAAGGCGGGAGCUCUCGCUAUAUUAUAUCGUAACCAAGCUAAUCUACAUAUAUAUAUACAUACAUAUAUAUAUAUAUAUAUUUAUACCCGUCUGUGUAGAGACGCCACCUAUAGAACCCGAGCAUAUAGAGUACUACGUUACCCACGAUUGUAACCACACAUAUAGCAUACGCAUGAAUAUUACUAAUGUUUUAUGUUCCAAGUGAAAACACAUAAAGCCCAAAAAUACAAAUAACUGAUCAAUGUAUAAUUUACCGAAACCAUGUCGAAGAAAACCAAAUAA